UAAAUCUGAAAUGUGUCAGGUUCACGUUUGCAUGCUGAGAGUGGUGCACCUGAUGCAACAAGUGCUGUGCUCUGCCUAGUGUUGCGUAUCGGCGUUAUCGCUCAACAGCGCAUACGUCAUCGUCAACCAAGCCCAGCGCACUGCGCCCUCUUCUAGAACGGUUCGCUUUUGCGCUUAAUACCGGCCAAAUGUACAGUACCAAUCAUCGUUAAGCGCGUCACGAUCGUCCUUUUAUUGGGCCUCCUGGCGCAUCGUGCACUUACUGACAUCUUGUUGAUGGGCUGAUUCUUCCCUUCGACAGCACCUGCUGUUCGGACUUCGCCCUCUCGGACUCGUGGUUAUUUCCAUCAACACUGCCCAUAAUCCCAGCAUCAUGCCUGGAAGCCGGCCGAGAUGGGUGUUACACGUGCAAGCCGUGUUCUGGAGGUUUCUCAUGGGAAUCGGCAUGUCACUCCACAAGAUGGCACCACCUCGACCCUCUCGACCUGCGUUCUAUAGGGACGUCGACGCGACUGUUUCGCCCAUCAAAGGCAAAUUUCGAAUCCACUUCUACGUACCGAAGGACUAUAAGCGAUACAAGAAGCUCAAGGGAAAUAAGAAAUACCCUUGCGUCAUCAACUUUCAUGGUGGAGGGUUUGUGCUAGGGACUGCGCAAGACGAUGCGCGUUGGUCGAAUAUUGUCGUUAAGGAGGUCGGCGCGGUUGUUGUCUCUGUCGCAUAUCGCCUCGCACCUGAGUAUCCAUUCCCGACUGCUGUAGAAGACGGAGCGGACGCAAUCCUAUGGCUUGCGCAAAAUGCGGAAGAACUCAUGCUGGAUCCGGAUCGAUUCGCGAUAUCUGGUUUCUCCUCUGGUGGCAACAUGAGCUUUACGGUACCCUUGUGUUUGCAGGGCGAGCUGUUUGACCGAACACCAACCGGCGCACGAAUAAUUGACGGACGUGCGGGUAGUGUGCCGAACGCUGUCAUUCAGCCUCCACCAACUGCGAAUUCGACCGCUAUACCAGGUGGCUCCAGCUCUCGUAUACCGCUUAUGCGCCAACAGUCACGCCUUGACCGAAUCGCCAUGCUGCGUGAGACCGGCGCAUCGUCGUUGUCUCUCGUUUCGUCGUACAAGGACGGCCCGGCGGUAUCUGUCAUGACGACAGCCAACAACAGAGUGUUGAAGAUUAGAGGGAUAGUGUCCUUCUAUCCACCAACCGACUACACAAUCACUCGCGCUCAACGAAGAGCGACAUGCACACGUGCAGAUCAGAAUCUUCCUGCUGUUUUCACAGAACUUUUCGACGACUCGUACCUUCAACCGCCCUCCCUCGACCUCGCACAUCCCUGGCUCAGUCCUGGUCAAGCGCCGACACGCAUGCUCGAAGCGCUGCCCGAUGAUAUUGUUAUGUUUUGCUGCGAGUGGGACAUGCUACUCGCCGAGGGUGAGCGGUUCAGGGACAAGCUGCAGAAGGAGCUUGGCAAGCGUGUGCACUACCACUGCGUACCUGGGCCGCAUGGCUGGGAUAAAGCGCCUAACCCGCUCAGGGAGUCGCCGGGCGCACGACAGCAGUAUCUGGUUGCUUGUAAAGAGCUGAGGAGGAUGUUCGAUCUUGAGGAGGAUGAAGAAGAGGGAAGUGAGCAUGCUGAGCAUGCAGACUUGCCGUGCAGAAAGUAUCAUAAGAGUGUGGAUCUGGGGAAGCUGCAGGUACCAUCAAGGUAACGCCUGGAGAUCUCAAACUUUAGCAGUUAUUCGUUCGGCGUUGUUAUGGGUCAUUAGCAAGUCGUCACCUUGUAAACCAUCAUCUCCUUCUUACUUUCUUCCCUUAUGCAGUGUGUUUUCGUGCUUAA